CACGUCAAGUUGUCAAGCAAAUGUCUAAUUCAAAUAGUUUACUUGCGUCAAACAAAUAGUUUAGAACACAUCACAAUGAGUAAAUCGCAAUCCGAAAUUUCUGGCCUCAAGCUAAAGGGCUGCCAGCAGAAAGGUCGACUGCCCAAGAAACCAGCAGACGGCGACAAUCAGAAUGGGGAUGCUGAUUUAAGCCUUUGUGGGAAGCCCAGCUUCCUUGUCUGCAAUGGAAAGAAGUCUCCCGAUCUGACCGAGGUCGACAGCUCGACCGGCCUCGGACACGCCCACAGCUCAGCCCUUCAGCAGACCGCUUUGAAAGUGCAAGAAAUUGUGAAGCACCAACAGCACAUCAUCAAAAUAGUGGACAGCGUGAACGAGAGUUUUGCAGGGCAGAAGGAUUCCCGCGGGAAGGACGAUGUCGAAAGCUAGUAGACGACCAAACGUCCUGUUCUUGUCGAAAAUUCGAAGUUAGCUUAAAUUGAUCAGAGUAACAUACUAGUAGACAUUUGCCAUUGCAAAUGCUGUUGCUGCAUUUGUUGUUUUGCUGCUA